AUGGUCAAGACCCUCAACUUCGCCCUCCUCGGAGCCUGCAUCCUCGCCACCGGCUGGUGUGCCCCAGCUGGGGUUGGCCCUGAUGCCCUCGGCCCUAACGGCGGCAUCACGGGUACCAAAGGCCUUUCAGAUACCGCGAACAUCACGUACUGCGGCGACGCAGGCGCAGCCACCAUAUUGACCGGGGGGGACCCCGAGGAAGGUCCCGGUUUCUGGAUCACCAACAACGACGACGACCCGAAAGUCAGAUACUUCCUGUACGAGAACAGCCGUGACGACCACGCAUGGAAGUACCUCAUGAUUCCCCAAGGUGGCCGGGCCUUCGUGAAGGUCUGCGACACCUGGCAGGGCCAUGUCGUCCGCGGCACCGAGGCCGUCAACUUCAAACGCGAGGUGCACAAUCUCGGGACCUGGUUCGUGUCCAACGUCGACGAGAACGGCAUCAUGUGGGGCGACGUCAGCUUUCUGCAGGGCUGCGAUGGCGGCGGCAGCGUGAAGGCUACCGAUGGCAGCGGCGUAAGUCGAGUCUGCCUGCAGGACAUGCUGGCUGGCGCGCCAGCUGAAGCGCUGGCUACCAAGGCCACCGGCACGCAGGCUCUGGCCAGAAUCGUGGGCGACGGUGCUAAUCAGGCGGCCCGGGCCUGGGGUAUGUCGAAGUGUAGCCCGAACGAGGUCUGGCUGGACAACCUCAACUCGAACUCGGUGAUCUCGUCUGCGAACGGAAGAUUGGAGUGGGUCGCUUACAAGGGCAGAGCUUGA